UUUGGCAUUACAGGUGCCAGUGAGAGCGUGGGAAAGCACAUGCUUGAAGCAUGCAACAACAAUCUGGAGAUGGCUGUCACCAUGUUUCUGGAUGGUGGAGGCAUAGCAGAGGAGCCUAGCACCAGUUCUGCAGCGGUGUCUGCUGUUCGACCGCACACUGAGGAUGAAGUACGAGCUCCAAUUCCUCAAAAACAAGAAAUUUUAGUAGAGCCUGAGCCCUUGUUUGGAGCUCCUAAAAGACGCCGACCUGCGCGCUCAAUAUUUGAUGGCUUUCGGGAUUUUCAAACAGAAACCAUUCGACAGGAACAGGAACUACGAAAUGGAGGGGCAGUAGAUAAGAAACUCACUACGCUAGCAGACCUCUUCAGGCCUCCCAUUGAUCUGAUGCACAAAGGCAGCUUUGAAACGGCCAAGGAGUGUGGUCAGAUGCAGAACAAAUGGCUCAUGAUAAACAUUCAGAACGUGCAAGAUUUUGCCUGUCAGUGUCUCAACCGCGAUGUCUGGAGCAACGAGGCUGUGAAGAACAUAAUCCGGGAACAUUUCAUUUUUUGGCAGGUAUACCACGACAGUGAGGAAGGACAGAGGUACAUACAGUUUUAUAAAUUAGCAGACUUCCCUUAUGUCUCCAUUCUGGAUCCCAGAACAGGCCAGAAACUAGUGGAGUGGCACCAGCUAGAUGUGACUUCUUUCUUGGACCAAGUGACUGGGUUCCUGAGUGAGCAUGGACAGCUGGAUGGCCAUUCUAGUAGCCCUCCCCAAAAAUGCUCUCGUUCAGAGAGUCUCAUUGAUGCCAGUGAGGACAGCCAGUUGGAAGCCGCUAUCAGAGCCUCCUUACAGGAGACGCAUUUUGAUUCAUCACAGGCCAAGCAGGAGAGUCGGUCAGACGAGGAGUCCGAGUCGGAGCUUUUUUCUGGAAGCGAAGAGUUUAUUUCCGUUUGCGGAUCUGAGGAGGAGGAGGAAUCGGAGAAUCCUGCCAAGUUGAGGAAGUCUCCGCACAAGGACUUGGGGUAUAAAAAAGAGGAGAGCCGGAGGCCUCAGCCUGAGCCCCCUGCAAGGACUGAGCCUGGGACAACAUCAAAUCACAGAGUACUGCCCUGUAUUGAUGCAGGGACACUGGAGGAGUCAACUGACAAGCCUGAAAGUACGUUUCAGGGCCUAGAUGUGAAUGGACCAAAGGCACAGCUGAUGCUAAGGUAUCCAGAUGGAAAGAGGGAACAAAUUUCACUGCCUGAACAAGCUAAACUUCUGGCUCUUGUGAAACACGUCCAGUCAAAAGGAUACCCCAACGAACGCUUUGAACUUCUCACCAACUUCCCUCGAAGGAAACUCUCCCACCUGGACUAUGAGAUCACGUUACAGGAGGCAGGCCUGUGUCCUCAAGAGACUGUCUUUGUGCAGGAAAGGAAUUAGCACCGUGGCCUGAGUUCUCCCAGCCUUCCUCCCCUCUCCUCUUUGCCUGGGACACCAACUCAUUAAAUAUGCAGUUGAGGGUCAUAGGAUUGCAGUGCUGAAAUCAAGCAGCUGGCUGGCCCUUCUCUCUCUUCUUCCCUUCUCCUGCUCUAGUGACCAAAUGAGAGCGUUCAGAGUUUUAUUUUCUUCCUCAGCCUGCUGAGAGCAUUGGGAAGAACAUCUUUCCUUUGUUUUCAUGAAGUAAAGUAAAACAGUGAUCUGCAUUUCCAGUAUGCUGGGGCUUGGAGUGGCCAUAAUACACGUACCCUUCUCGCUGCUAUUCUUAAAUCUGUUUUGUUUAAUUUAUUUUUAGAAUAGUGUGUGAUAAGGCACUAAGUCAUCUCUCUGUAAGGAGAGAGUGUAAUCUUCAGUACAGUCUUUCCUUUGUUUUGAUUCUCUUCACGAAAGGUCUCCAUUAACCUUACAGCCCUUCUUAAGGGUUUCCUUACCUAGCGCUCUGUGAAAACUUGGGGUUUUGGGAAGGAGUUGGGUUGAGCUGUGGCGAGAUACUUUGCCUCCAUUUAAUUUAAAGGCUUCUAGACUGCAUGCAUGUUUUCCUCCUGCUUUAAAUGCCACCAGUGGACAUAG